UCUUUUUGUUCUUGAUUGACAUUGGUUUUUUCUUUCAGGUUUUGCUUCCGUUCUCACGCAGCCUUCUUGAAGUUGAUGUUCUGUUUGCUCUCGCCCUCAUGCUAGCUACUAUUUCUUAUUAUUCGUCUCUGCGGUAUUUUAUUCCCUCUCGAAGUACUACUACCGAUGUUGGAAGCAAAUCGUAGAAAGAUGGAAGCAACAAGGACUGCGUUCAGCAACAAGAACAAGGAAAGGACAACGAGGUCGUUGACGGCAGCUGGGAGGAUGCCUUCCGUCGCCCUCCUGGCAUCGGUGGUGUUGCAGUUGUUGUCGAUCCACAACCGUGUUUCUUGCGUACUAKCGUUCGCAACAUCCCCGACACCGAGGACGGCGACGCAGCAUCGGAAUUUGGCGGUGAACGGUGCGUCGGCAUCGACCGUAGACGCUACCGCAAAAGACACGGAGGCAACGACAGAGGCAUUGUUCGAUGAAUUCGCGUCCUUUUUGCAAACCAAACAAAGCGAGAUCAUCGACCAAAUCGAGCAGCUCGAAAAGGAUGUCGCAGCGAGUGAGGGUGGCAACGAAGCACAGCAAUUUUCGAGGGACUGCUGGGGAAUUUUCGAAAACGAGGACAGCAACGGCAACGUCAGCGGCAGCGGUGGCAUCACCCGUGUCAUUCAAAGGGGCAGCAUCAUCGAAAAGGGUGCUUGCUCCUUCACCCUGCUGAAAAAUGGGAAACUGACGGCGGAACGGGCCGCAUCGGUUCGGGGGCGCCAGRGUCCCGAAAACAACGACGGCAUUAACAUCCAGGAAGGCGACAACUAUUGUGCCGCUGCCUUGUCCAUGGUCUUGCACACACGAUCRCCCAUGGUGCCCACCUUUCGAUCGGACGUGCGAAUCUUUUUGGUGGAAUCCUCGUCCAGCGAAAGCGACGAGAAAAAGGCGGUGGCUUGGUUUGGUGGCGGCAGCGAUCUGACGCCGUACUAUUUGUUCGACGAAGAUAUUUCGUUCUUCCACCAGCGGUUGAAGGAGUUGUGCGAAACACACUCGGACGGCGACGCCAUGAUCGAYUAUCCCACGAUGAAGCAAGCGUGCGACGACUACUUUUUCUUGCCUGCUAGGAGCGAACACCGUGGCGUCGGUGGUAUGUUUUACGACGAUCUGCCGGCCRCUCCUUCCACCCUUUCCUUCUCCAAGGACGUUGCCUCGAACUGGAUGUCCUCGUGGUUUCCCAUCGUGCAAAAAAGGCAGUCCCUUCCGUAYACGGAACAACAACGCGAGUGGCAACUGCUCCGCCGGGGCCGGUACCUCGAAUUCAAUCUGCUGUACGACCGGGGYGUCAAGUUUGGCCUAGCCAACGCCAACCCGCGUGUCGAGGGCGUCAUGGUAUCGGCGCCACCGCUCAUUGCAUGGGAAUAYAACCAUUCCAUCGAGCCGGGCAGCGAAGAAGACCGAUUGAUGGGAAUAUUGAAAAGUCCGAAGGAGUGGGUGUAAUCAGGUACUUGUAACGACUACGAAGGCAUUAAUAAAACUAGAAUUAGAGC